GCGUUUCAAUUCUUCAAGUGCCGUGUUCGCGUUCGGACGUAACCCGCUCUGUCGAUCGUAGUGCUUUGCGCUUUUCUCACCAUCCAGCCAGCUGUCCAAACUAUCCCGCGUGUGUCCCGUUGUCUGCUGUCCGCCGUUCCCCCUUUCACGGCACCUCUCGUUAAACGCCCAAACAAAGCCCGCGCUCGGAUUAAUCAAACUCCCCGUUCGUUCGUUCGUUGUGCAUCACCGAAAUCAUCAUGUCGACGCAUCGUGCACCGAAAUCCGGAUUCGCCGCCGAAGCUCAGCGAAAGAUCAACUCAAAGUACAGCGAGGAGCUGGCCGCCGAAUGUCUCGAAUGGAUCAAGGAGGUAACCGGCGAGCCGAUCAACACGUCCGGCGAUAUGGACAACUUCUUCGAGGUGCUGAAGGACGGCACCGUCCUGUGCACGCUGGCGAACGCGAUCGAGGCCGGCACGGUGAAGAAGGUCAACACGAGCAAGAUGGCGUUCAAGUGCAUGGAGAACAUCUCCGCGUUCCUGGAGGCGGCCAAGAAGUUUGGCGUACCGCCGCAGGAAACCUUCCAGAGUGUGGAUCUGUGGGAGCGCCAGAAUCUCAACUCGGUCGUCAUCUGCAUCCAGUCGCUCGGUCGUAAGGCGGGCAAGUACGGCAAACCGUCGAUCGGACCGAAGGAGGCGGACAAGAACGAGCGUCAGUUUAGUGACGAGCAGCUGCGGGCGGGCCAGACCGUGAUCUCGUUGCAGUACGGCUCGAACAAGGGAGCUACCCAGAGCGGCAUCAACUUUGGCAACACCAGACACAUGUAAGCGUGCGCCGGUGCGACGGGACCACGCGUGUUUCCUAGCUUUUUAAGAACUCAGUAAGAGCGGAACGCGGAAGAGAGAGAGAGAGAGAGAGAGAGAGAGAGAGAGAGAGAGAGAGUAGUGUAAGCAGCAGCAUGUGUAGCAAUCCGCCAGCCGUCGCCAACAAUAACACAGUACUCUAAUGGUGCAUACACGACCCGCGAAAAGCCGAUCACGAAAUUUGACAGCCAGAAAGUGCAUUUUGCCGUAGAAGAGGAGGACCCAACACAACUUCGAGACUAACGUACCUUUUUACACGAUUCGAAAUCACACGAUAGCGCCUUAGAAAUCGAAGACUUUAACCCUUCUGUCUUAUGUAGAGAGAUGUAGUUAGAUGUUUCCUGAUUGGAAGGCGACACACACGUGCUGCGUAGCGUAUUUACCAUUUGGCCGUGUGUAGUAGUGGCAGACUUCCAGCAGGAUAUUUUUACCUUACCGGGGGAAGGUAUGUUGCAAACUCCAUAUAGUCAAACGUUAUAGCAUUCCAAACACCACGACCCGCGCGGGGCGCUGUUUAGGACGCCUUUCCGGGUGCGGCAACGACACCAGAAACAUUGCAAUUAUAGGCCACUGUUAUACACAUUCCGUAGCGAGUUUAGACAAGUUGAUACCAGACACACAAUCCAAUGCAGGUUAGCCACAUGUUUAGCCUUUAAGCAUAUUGUUAGCGGGAAUCGCCGUUAGGACAGGAGAGACACAGCCAACACUCCAUUAACGGAAGGAAGGCAUUAUACCCACAGACCCAGACCCAAACCCUUACUGUGCUCGGUAGAAAGCCGUUUGCCAUUCUUCGGGGGACAAAGUCGAGGAUUUCGGUAUGACCGACACACAGAACGAACAAAAUGGUGCAACCAGAUCCAACCAAGCUUUGGGCUUCCGGCGUGCGCCGUACGCAACUCGCGCCACUCUAAAGUGGAGCGGAGAAAUUGUGCGUACGGCAUUCGUUUUUCUUUUUUUUUUUAUUUGCUUUGCUCCUUUUGCAUCGCUAAACUGAGCAUUGAUUUGCUGCAAUGCGUGCUAUAUUUCGUGUUUUGUUUUUGUUUUCUGUUUUUGUCUUCUGAGAUCAUUUACCAACACGCACCAACACGCAACGCGAUGGUCGUAAAUUAUUGACAGUAUAAGCAUAAAAUAUGUACGUGUUUUGUUUAAUGUGUAAUUUGUAAAACGGAUAAGUUAUUGCCCUAAUAAAAAUCGGAACCUUAAGGACACUUUA